AUGUCCCCGUUGCACCCAUCCAAAGAUGCUCUCCAGGGGAACUUCUACAGUCCUCUUCUGGUAAAGACCCGCACGCCCUAUCAAGCUCGCACUGAGCUAUUUCCUGCCCAUUCCUCGGUUGUCGAAGAUGCAAAGGGCAAGGCUAAGCAGCUGAGCGCUGAGGCGACUGCCGAAUUCGAAAAGGCGAGCGCAAAAGCCCAGGCCAAAGCUGGACAUAUUGAGCUGUACUCGGGCAAAUACUACGCUGCCUGUACUUUUGGUGGUUUGAUGGCUUGUGGCCUCACUCACGCUGCUGUGACUCCUCUGGAUCUCGUAAAGACUCGCCGUCAAGUAGACUCUAAACUCUACACCAGCAAUUUCCAGGCUUGGGGCAAGAUCUACCGGGGAGAGGGCAUCCGUGGCAUCUUUACUGGAUGGAGUCCUACCCUGUUUGGCUACUCUGCCCAGGGAGCCUUCAAGUACGGUUGGUAUGAAUAUUUCAAAAAAACCUACUCCGAUAUGGCCGGCCCCGAAGCCGCGUACAAGUACAAGACCGGUUUAUAUCUUGCCGCAUCUGCAUCAGCUGAGUUUCUUGCCGACCUCGCGCUCUGUCCAUUCGAAGCCGUCAAGGUCCGCAUGCAAGGCUCCAUCCCCAACCCCUACACCGGGACAUUCCAUGGCAUUAGCACAAUUACAGGAAAGGAGGGCGUUGCGGGUUUGUACAAAGGUUUGUAUCCGCUCUGGGGUCGCCAAAUCCCUUACACCAUGAUGAAAUUUGCCUCAUUCGAAACCAUUGUCGAAAUGAUCUACGAUCGUUUGCCCGGCCAAAAGAGCGAUUACAGCAAGGCUGCUCAGACUGGAGUGUCCUUCACUGGUGGUUACAUGGCUGGUAUCCUUUGUGCUAUCGUCUCUCACCCUGCCGAUGUCAUGGUCAGCAAGUUGAAUUCGAACCGCCAACCCGGGGAAGCUUUUGGUAGCGCCAUGGGCAGAAUAUACAAGGACAUUGGAUUCGGUGGUCUUUGGAACGGUCUUCCUGUACGGAUCGUCAUGAUCGGUACCCUCACAGGACUCCAGUGGAUGAUCUAUGACUACUUCAAGAUUUUCAUGGGACUCCCAACCACUGGCGGCGGUCCACCACCGGCCAAGAAGCAGGAGUAG